AUGUGUAGUUCUCCCAUUCCCAUUCAUGUGCUUGAUCGCCACGUGCUCGACGCGUACUUAUUCGAGGAGGAGGGUACGGCGGACCUGGAUUUUGUGCUCUGCGACGUAGUGGCAAACGCUGCCAGCGAACGCGAGCGCAUUGUUGACUACUCCUGGCUCAAUGCGGCAACGAAGCCGCAUUUUCGUCUCAGCGACCCCAUUGAGAGCCGGGCGCGUGCACUUGUACGUUGGAUUGAGCACGGCUACACGGAGAAGAGCGCGCGUGAGCUGCCGGAGUUGCUGCGUGCGUACAGCAAGACGAUGAGCUUUGAGUACGAAGUGUACCUGCGCAACAUUGUCGGUGAGGAUGGUCGCCGCGUGGAGGGUGUGGUGCAGUCCGUUGGCAGCUGCGGGUACCUCACACUUGCCAUUCCGCUGCUGCUUGGAGAGGAGGCGCGAGUGGGGGCCCAGCUAUCAAGCGUGCUGGAGCAUUACGCGAAUCUCUUGCAGAUGCGCUGCGCUGCCCCGCCGCAGUUUUCGCGUGUCGCAUUCUCGCUCAUCAUUACCUGCCGCACCGACAGCCGCGAUGCGCCGGUGGAGGUGCUCUCGGAGCGUGUAUCAAUGCAGCCGGAGGAGGUGAACGUCCCCUCUGCUGCCUCCUUCACGUCCUUCAUUUACAGCUGCGUGAAGCUAGGAAGAUUGCCGCGGUACUCGUCGAUGCUGCAGCGUGGCGCGAGCUCUCUGGACUACAUCCCGUCGCUCGAACAGGCACUCCGCCUUUCUCUGCGGGAGCCGCUGCAUUUCCUUGAAAUGGUCUGCAGCCUGUCAGCUGUCUUUGGCCAGCCCAUUGGUGUCAACGUCGCAACGGAUGAUCUCGCAGACACGAGCGAUGAGGACGCGUUGGCGCGUUGCGCCACCUUCUGCAUCGUGGACGAUGCCACGCAGUUUAGCUUUUGCAUCUGCGUGCGUUAUCACAAUGGCUGGACACUGCCGUCUGUGGACAUCAUUGCUAAUCAAUACGCAGGUGGCAUCUCGCAGGGGUCGCCGUUGCGUGAGAGGCUGCGGUACUCGGAGGAGAUGGAGUGGCUAGCGAAGAGCAGCAGCAGUGAAGAGUUCCUAGACUUGUCGGUUCUCUGCGACGGCAUUGGGCGCGGCUCCUUUGCUACCAUGGAGUUCCUCGUCUCUACAUGCCAAUAG